GCAGCUCGCCGCUCUGGCAGACGCCACAGACGAGCACAUGGCAAUCGUCCGGGCUGCUGACAGUGAGGACCUUGAUGCUGUGCAGUUCAAGGAAACGUGCUCGGCCUUCCUCAUGAACAUCCACUACCUUUUCCACAAGGCACGGCUGUGGACAGCGCCUCACACCUACGCGGCUGCCAUGCUGCACCCUGACUGCGCGAUGACGUGGCUGAAGAAAGAGCCGCUGCUCAUCAAUGUGGAUGGCCGCCUCAAGCAGUUCGGCGGUGAUCUGAUCACGGAAGAGAUGCAGAAGCGG